GAUUCGGCCCAACCGAUAGUCAUCCGAAUGCCUCUGCCGACUACUUCCAAAUCCUCAUCACGCCCUUACUCUGUCCACGGUGCAACGCGCUCCUGCCCGUCAAUCCGUCUCCAGAGCCCCCACCUUUCUCUUCCAAUACCGGAGCCCGUCUUAACCAGACGCAUCCUGGCCGUCCCGAGGCUUUGACCUCGAUCCUGUCAAACAUAGUCUACGUGUCCGAGCUCGGAGGGUUUAAAUCAUCUAUCAAUUAUGGAUCAGAAAAUGAAUGUGUAUAUUUGGGACAUGGAUGAGACUCUUAUAUUGGUCAAGUCUUUGCUAAAUAAGCAAUUUGCGGAGUCCUUCAACGGUUCAAAGAAUUGGGUGGAGGGUGUUAGCAUUGGGAAGUCUUGGGAGAAUCACGUUCUUCAAAUAUCUGAUGACCAUUUCUUCUAUGAGCAAAUCGAGAAUUUCAACAUGCCUUACCUAGAUAUUUUGAGCCAUUAUGAUGAUGGUCGGGAUCUCACUGAUUAUGAUUUCAACAAUGAUGGAUUCGGUCCUCCAGUUGAUGAUGUGAAUAAAAGGAGAUUAGCAUACAGGCAUCGUACUAUAACAGAAAAGUACACAAAGGGGUUGCAUACCAUUCUUAAUGAGGAUAUGAGAAAAAGUUGGGAAGAUCUUUAUGAAGAAACCGAUACUUAUACAGAUAGAUGGCUUUCAUCGGCUCGGGCUUGCUUGGAACAAUGUGCUAGUGGUAAUGCUGAGCUGACUCCCGGUGACUGCUCGGCUGUUGGUGCUAAUAAUGGACAGGGUUCUAAAUACCAACAUGUUAAUGUCCUAGUGACUUCUGGGGCACUCAUACCGAGCUUGGUUAAAUGCCUACUCUUUCGACUGGGCGAUAUGAUUCCUUGUCAUAACGUCUACAGUUCAUGGGAUGCGGGGAAGAUUCAAUGCUUUAAAUGGAUAAAGGAGCGGUUUAGUGUCCAACAGAAUGUGCAGUUUUGUGUCAUUGGAGAUGGAUGGGAAGAAUGUGAAGCUGCAGAAGCCAUGAGGUGGCCUUUUGUUAAAAUGGAUCCGUCCUGUUCAACCAAGUAUCACAGGUUCCCGGGCCUCACCCCGAAACACCUCGAUCUUUACCUUGCUGUUGUAUAUGAAAACCACAAUGAUGACCAAGAAAAUCUCAAAUCACCAUCUGAAACUACAUGACCUAAUACAGCAAUCCAUUCUUGGAUCGUCAAAGUUACUGGAAGGAGAGUUACUGAGUUAGACUUCCUUUAUAUUGUAAAAGAAGGCUAACUAAAUUUGCCUUGGGUUUGUCUACCCAUAACACAAAUUGUUGUAUAUAUCAGAUUAUCAUCAUAUCAUGUCUCUCAAGUCUCAACUGAGGUCAAAGCCUCAUUUCAUCUCCAAGCUUAUGGCAUGUUUUUUACAUUAGCGCCUUUUAAUUUAGUGUGUUCACAAGAGGAGAUGGAAAGUUUGCCUUUAUCGAGUCUUGGCCGUCUAUAAACAGUAUAAAGUCUAGCUCUAAAUUUG